UUGAUAAAGUAUAUUCAGUCAGUUGUGCCACUCUUCCCAGAUAUGUCGUUAGUACAUUUUUGUUCGAUGAAGGUUUUCAGAUGAUUUAUAAAUUUAUCGUGUGAUAAGUUUUUGGCCACAUUGUAUUUUUUUUUUAUUCUUCAAGCUGUUUUCAUUUGUUCGCAAAAGUGCUAAAUGAAAUGUGAUGAUGAAGUUUUUAUUGACUUUCAAAAAAACGCUGAAUUGGAAAUUUAAAAUAUUUGUGCAAUAAGUUCUAGAUGAACCUUUUUUUUUUUGCAAAUUCAUAGGAAAAUUAAUACUACCAAGGAUACAGUUAGAAUUGUGGUAAUAUAAUAUCUUGGUAAAUUUAGUUUUUUCAACGAGUGGCACGUGAAUUGAAAGAAAAAAACCCACAUUUACUUAAUACAAGUGCGAUAUCUCAAGUGAAAAGUACCUAUUAUUUUUUGUGUGAGAUCUUCAAGAAAAUUUAGAAUUAAAUAAAUAUUGUGAUAGUAGUGUUGAUAGUGUUGAAAACUACGAUAUAAAAAAAAUAUCAAAUAUAUAAGAAUUAUGCAAAUAAUUUGCUCAAGAACAGUAACUUCAAUAAAAAGAUGUUUCGAGCAUUGAAACGCAAGCUAAAAACAGGGAAAGGAAGGCCACCUGUGAAAAAUGACGAGGCUGGCAGAAGUACAGAUUAUGAUUUGUCAUCCCAAGAGAUUUCACAACGUCCACCACGUUAUAUUGAAGUGCAACACGGAAAUAUAUUUCUCAGUUCGCAUCCACAGAUAUCGCCAACGGAAAAGGUUCCCGAAGGGGACUUAGAUAAGAUACGUUAUAAAAUGUUCCAGGUGGAGAAUUCUUCAGUUCCAUAUCAGGAGAGAAUUAGCGAACUGGAAGAUGCGGUUUGUCGACUGCAAAAAAUUGUGUAUCAAAGCCAAACAGGAUUUUCCACAGCAGAGAAAGAAUUGUUGGAGCAAAUUGAGAACAUGAAAAAAACCCAAAUGGCCAAAGACAAGAGAACAAUGCAAAUUUGUUGGGAACAUCGAGCACUUCAGGAGAAAUUUGUGAGGCAGGAAAGAGUUUUGCUGAGUCUUCAGCAUGAAAAUCGAUCGUUGCAGAAGAGGAUAGUCCAAUAUGAGCAUUGCUUGGAUGAUGUAUCCGAGAGAGUGGUGCAUGCAAUAAUGGCUGAAGAUCGUCUUCGGGCAGAAUUUGCAUUGCUCAAAAAUCGAAUGAGAGAUCUGGAAGUGAAGAAUACCACGUCGGGAUCAAUGGGUAGUCCAGCGAGGGGGAAAGAUGAGGGAUAUUGUACAAUGAGUUCAGGUCCUUUGCCAUCGACCCUGGAAAAUCUUCCUGAAGAGCCAGAACAGUGGAUUCUGUCGGAUGGUGGUCACUCGGCAGACAUGGAAGACUGGAGUCUGUCGCAGGAGGAAUUGGUGGCACAGUUGGAGGAGGAGGAUUCCAAUGAGUGGACAUGGAGAAAUUCUCAGUUUGCUCCGUUGAAUAUGGACGCAAAAUGUGAGGAGAUUUCAACAUUGUUGGAGGAAGAAAUUGUUUAUUCAGAAAGUGAAGAGUUGCCGUGCAAAGAUUUCACGUCCGAUUUCUACAAACUCGUUAAUAUUCAGUCGGAAAGCUGUAAAAGUCUCAUGCUGGAAGAUAGUGAUGCAGCUAAGAUUGACUCAGAUUCUGAUGCAGCAGAACAAUGUUCUUCUCUCAGUGAAAUGGGACAGGAACAAUUGUGCAGUUGUUCAUCCAGUGACGAGUCCACAGAAAUGCAUUUCUCUGCCAAACUUCCCAGUGCACAGAUUUCCAAGAGUCUUCAGGAACAAAAGAGGCAAUAUGCUUUUCCUAAACAGUGGAGAAGGAGUUUUGGGUGGAGAAAGGUCCCUAUACAAACCAAUGAAUCUACCAACGUAGAAGGAGAAUGAAGAAUUUUCCGUAGAUUUUAUAAAUCAUACUCAAAGAUUCAAGGAAUUCAAUUUAAAUAAAAAAAAAGACUUUCUUGACUUUUCUACUUCUACUUACGUAGUAAGUUAAUGGUUUCGAGAAAAUAUAAUAAAUAUUUAACAGGAUAAUUAGAAAUAGUGAAGAAGGCUAUUAUUAUAUUAUCACUGCCUAAAAAAAAACUUUGAGUAAGAAAAA